AUGGGCUCCGUGGGAACUGAUACUGCCAAAACGGCCCCUUCUCUUCCAGAUGCGGUAGAGAAUGCUGUGACGACUUUGUAUCGACAUGACUGCGCGAAUGAGGACGGCUAUGGAGAAAAGUGUCCUCCAAGGUGGUCCAAGUUUGCGAGCCACGAGGAUGACCAGGCUCAUCUCAACAACUCGAUACAAAGCGACCCCAUCAUUCAUCGCCAUUUCUUCAACAAGGACGAUAAGAAAUGGGUGACCGAGUCUUUCACGGUCCAGGACCCGUUGAUGCGCAGUCAUCUUCGUGUUGCAUUGGCCAACUAUCAGGACUUCGACCUGGAGCUCAAGAACUGGACAUUCAAGGAGCCAUUCUCCCCAAUCGUCCACCGCUGGGACCGUCUCAAUGCUCUGUGCGAGAAGACCACAGAGGUCAACGCCAAGAAAGCCAUCGACCAGCUGAUGAAGUUCCUGGGACCAAUCCUGGCUCCCUCAAUUGGAUCUCUCAUCCAGACCAAGGCAACGGGCAAGGUCGACUUCGAAAACGUCUGGCAGAUCUUUCCACCUGGCGAGUUCGCUGUCACGUCUUUCUUCGGAAUCCAGGCGGUCACUCGUAUCCUUCGGUACGAGCUGAUUCGACCACGUUGCGAUCCGCCGUACUGGCAAGUUGAGUUUGAGUACCUCGACUGGAACGGCGAGCGUUGCGGCUAUACUUCGGCGAAGACCAAAAUCAAGUAUUUCGAUGGCAUGAAAUUUGUCACCAGUCUACCAGUCUCUUCCGCCACGGAGAUCAAGGAACGACUCACGGCAAGAGGCCGCAAAUUUGAGAGCCUCAGAGGCUACCACUUCAGGACCUGCACCGGAACCAAGAUUCUCCUUGAGACCAAGUGUCCUGAGGAGCGGCCCGUCGCUGGAAGGGUCAUCAUUGACGCGUUCGCCUACUACUCGAGCAAUAACAUCGUGAAGCCCAACCUUAGGUCCUUGGAAGCUACGGAGGUAGCCGAGGUCGUCACGGAUGCAUCUGAAAGUGAUGAUGAGGGCGAGAAUGACGACGACGACGACGUACGGUCUGCGACCAGCUCCGAGGACUCCGAGGGUAGCCUCUCUGAGCUGACGGCCGUCAAGCCCUCGGGCGGAUCUUUGAAGCGGACUGAAAACAUCCAGCCUCUCACCGACGAGCAGUGCCUCCUCGCGUCUCCCUGGCUCAAGGGUCUGGACCUCAAGACCAAGGACUGGGCCCAGUUCAACGUUGAUGAGCUUAACGAUAUUGUCUGGAAUGAGGCUGCGUUUGACCAUCUCGUCCUCCCUGGGAACGAGAAGGAGCUCGCGUGGGCUUUUGUGGAGAACAAGGCUCUGUCGAACAACCAGUUUGACGACUUCGUGCCCGACAAGGGCCGUGGUAUUAUCAUUCUCAUGUUCGGACCUCCUGGUGUCGGCAAGACAUACACAGCCGAAGCCGUCGCCGAGAAAUCGCGCGUGCCGCUGUACGCGAUGAGCGCAGGCACGCUGGGUACCAAGCCGAAGCAGAUCGAGGCAGCUCUCGAGCGGGCCCUGGAGCUCUGCAGGCUCUGGAAUGCGAUGCUCCUCCUCGACGAGGCAGACGUCUUCCUCAGCGCCAGGACCGACACGGACCUGGCCCGCAACGAGCUCGUGGCCGUCUUCCUGACCAAGCUCGAAUACUACCAGGGAAUAUGCUUCCUCACCACCAACCGCAUCUCCAGCCUCGACCACGCGUUCCAGUCCCGGGUCGACCUGUUCCUCCCGUACCGUGACCUUAAGCCCGAGGCGCGCCGGCAGGUCUGGGACAAUUUCAUCAAGCGGGCGGGCGACAAGCAGUUCGAUGUCGACGCUGCGGGGUUGGAUGAUUUGGCGAACAUCCAGCUGAAUGGCAGAGAGAUCAAGAACCUGAUCAAGAGCGCGCACCUCUUGACGCUCAAGGGUGGCGAGAAGAUCACCAAGGACCGGCUCAAGAUGCUGGCUGAGAACCGCAUCAAUGCCCUUGAUGCACUGAGCGAAUAG